CGUUACAAGAAGCUUAAACCCAGCCCAAGCCCCAAGACCUUCUUCCUCACUGUCCCAAAAAUGCCGAGCACAGCAAUGAGAGCGAGAAAACGAUGAACCCCCCCUUGCUCAUCCACACACGCACACACACACAGACACAGACACACACUCACGCACACUCACACACGCGCACACGCACAACCCUCAAAAAAAGGCACAGCACCAGCGCCACGCCCUCAAAGACAGGAGACAUAGCCACUUGGCGCCGGCCUCGCUCGCAUACCCUACGCAGCGUAGCAUACGCGCCGUACCGUAACUAUCUACCCAUAUACGCACGCCUUACUAGCGCCGAGCAGCCGAGCUUUCUUCCAACAACGGGGGGAGACAACGACGGGCAGGCUAGGUAGAAGCGUGCCGUUGCGCGAAGCGAAGCGAACUGGAACGAGAUGAACUGUACUGUACUGGAGGGCCGAAACGCAAAACACAUGUGUAAGAAAGGAAAGAAGGGGGGAAGAGGGAAAGCAGGAAUUUCGACAAUCUGGAAAGGGAAAGGAACGGAGGAAGCAAAAAAGGUAGACUCCAAGA